AGAAAUGACUAGAUAUCAUUCCUUCUCUGUCCCCUAUCACACUCUUACUUUCUUAGUUUGUUUCAUCUUCAUCCAUGCUUCCCCAGCGGCCGCUGAUAAGCCAACCGAGCUAGUAGACCAGGUCUGCAACCAAACAUCAAACUACACUUUCUGUGUCGAAGCUCUUUAUUCCGACUCACGUACCCCAGAUGCCGAUAGCUACACACUGGCCUUCAUCUCCUUUGGAUUAGCAUACACCAAUGCAAACAACACCACAGACUAUUACAUAGCAGAGCUAUUCAAGAAUACUUCUAGUCAAGAUUACCAUUACCGUCUCGAAACAUGCAGCCAUGAUUAUCUCAGGGCAGUUUCUAAACUGGAAGAGGCUUACAAUGACUUGAACUCGGAGACCUUUUUUGGGUUGGCGGAAUUGGCAGGUAUUGCUUCCAAUGCUUCUGAUCAUUGCCAGGAUACUUUCAAGGGAAUCUCUUCACCACCUUUAGAGAGCAGGAAUGGUGAUUUAAAACGUCUUUGUGAAAUCGGUGCCACCAUUGCUAAGUUGUUUACUGGAUCCUCGUGAUCAUGAUUUUAUACAAUUAUGUCUCCUUGAAACCAUGUACAUAAAGAAAGCUUUUAGUUCUUUUUUUGUUC